UCACAUUCAAUCUUGUAUGUGUGCGUGUAUCCAAAUCCCAGUGGUGAAACAAACCUAGGACAAGUCAAACACAAAGAUGACUUUAUUCAGAGUCCAAAUUCCACAUUUGACCCCGAGUGGCGUUCAGGGCUGAUAAAGGGAAAUUUAUGUGCAGUUUUGGAAAGCUGCUUGCCUCUCAGGAAUCUACGUCGUAGACUGAAGGAAGGUCCCAUUGAGUCAUUGAGUCACCGUCACACACGCCUGCACCCAGCUGGGCGGGAUCAAGGUGUGUGUGUGUGUAUAUGUGUGUGUCAGGUGGCUGCAAGGUGACAAGGUGAGACUAGUAGAAGACAGACGGACCAGAGAGAUGCUGCUCACCUGACCAGAAGACCACAAAAAAGGGGGAAAGACACUUGAAGCAUGGCGGCGCUUGCUUACUUCUGACCACCUUCUUCUUUUUCAGUCAUCAGGGUCCUUCCCAGCUUUCCCGCCGCCAUCAUGUCUGACCCAAACUGGUGGAAGCUGACGUUCUCCCGCAAGAAGAAGUCCGAAUCAAAGGUCCUGUAUGAGAUCCCGGCGGAGUACGGCAGCAACACCAAAGAACCCGCUGGGGUCGGCGGGGCCACUCCGGAUGCUUCAGAGUUUAGUGCCAGGCUGGAGAAGAUCGUGGACAAGUCAGCCACUAAGGGGCGCCACGUGAAAGUCUCCCACUCUGGACGCUUUAAGGAAAAGAAGAAGGUUCGAGCCACGUUGGCUGAGAACCCUGACCUGUUUGGUGAGCAGAACCUGGCCGAGCAGAACCACAAGAAGAAGAGUGACAAGUAGCGGAAAGGGUUGAAAUUUUGGACCAGCGCAUGCCACGCCAACCAUCUUUCAGGCAAACUGACUGGCAGUUGGUUUACUUCUUAGAAUCCUAUAGAACCUUCAUGUACUCCGAUCAACUCGGAUAUUUUAAUCUAAAAGGGAUGUUCUAUCAUAAUGGCCUUUUUUCACUUGUGCUACACAAUCAGUACACAAGUGGAGUAACCAAAGUUGGGAAACAUCGACAAUUGUUGUAUAUAUUAAACAUGAAUGUGUGUUUAUGGAGGCUCUUUUGUUACAUUCAAAAAAAGGAUAUGUUAAAUAAUGCAUAUUUGUCUCCUUUUUGAGCUUAUUUACACAGUAACAAACACAAGUCCAGCCACCAAACAUUUGGUUCAAUGAAGAUUUU